GUCGCGGCUUCGGCGCUGACCGCGGCUGUCGCCGGUCGACACCGCAGGUGGCGCCCCGACACUCGACACUCGACACUCGACACUCGACACUCGACACUCGACACUCGACACAAGGCCGCAGCUACCCACGCCACUGCCAACCGCACAUUCCCGUGAACAACUAUUUUCGAAGUGAGGCUGCACAGCUUUAGUAGUAAGCGAGACAAAGCUGCGGAAGCACAGAAAAUGAAAUUAUUACGACCGACAGUGAGGUAUGGGCGUAAAUCGAAGGCCAAGGGUGGCAGGGGGUACGGGCCAACCUGGAAACAAAAAGCCUCACACUGUGGACUCACUUGCGCUUGCAAAAUUGUACUGUGAAACGGGACUGUUUUCAAUGAGAGAUAUCCCUAAUCCUGAUGUCGCCCUACAGUUUACAUGAUACUAGCUGCAACUUGAUCCUGUGGUUCUCCAGAGAUCCUUAGGAUUAAAGCGUGACAGGGGCUGUUUUAUAAAAGGCAUGUUUAAUUUUAGUACGUUACGGCCAAGAAAAAAAUGUUUUCCAUCCUUAUUGGUUUUCCAUUCCAUGUGAUAAAUGUUCAUUGUUUUUUUACUACUUUUUUCUUUUUCCCAAAAUUCCUAUCCAUUUGCUUACCCGAGCGGAUCUUCUCGGGUACCGGGUACUGCCAUAGUAAUUUGGGCACGUGUACGUCUGGCAACACUGCCUGGCGAGACGGCUCAGCCUGGCGACGGGGGCGGCUGUUCAGGGGCAGGGAGGCCGUGUUAUCAGCUCAGCGACACAGCUGCGCGCGCUGUGAUUCGUCAGCUGCGAUAGGCUGCUGGCGCCCCCCUCGAGGCACCUCCCGCUGGCCACGCCCACCGAGUGUCGCGACUGCAGCGCAAUGAUUGGUGACUGGUGCGUAAAGUGUAUCAUGGCUAGAGAAGUAGAGACCCUGAAAAUUCGCGGGUUCAUUUCGUGUUAUGCUAAAAUUCAAAUAAUUGUACCUUAGUGCUGCUUCUGUCAUUGGUUCACUAUUAAUCUGGAGGACUGAGGGCCAAUUAGAGACCCUCACUCAUAGAAGUGUCGAAUCACAGGCCACCCAGUCGAGACGACUCACAAGUCAGCAGCCAAUGAACAGUUGGCAUUUGCCCGAGUGUGUAGAGGAUAUUGGAGUCCAUCCUGGAGGUCAUUGAACCCGCGAAUUUUCCGGGUCUCUAAUCAUGGCUAGAGACAUGAAAAUUUCACUUUAUUAUCUGGAUGCAUUUUAUUCAGUCAUUACGGGGUUCACGUUUUAAAGGGCGUAUUUCUGUUAUGCGAGGAGGAAUGAUAAGGUCGUCGCUCGCUCUUGCUUCUAGCGCGGUAUCGCCUCUAAGCGACAAGACUGUGGACUGGCGCGGUCUUCUCGUCGUGCAUAGGACAGCUAUGAGGUCUUUGAGCGGUAACCAUAACAUUAUAUGGCGGAGAAAUUAAGAUAAAGUUGUAAAGCAAGACCUUUGAGUGAUUUUAAGAAUCUUUACCGGGCUUUUCAUGUCUAAAAAUUAUUAUUCUUUUAACCUUUUCCACUCUCCUAAAAUACAGUUAGGAAACGAAAUACGGAAAUCAGAAACAUCCAUCCGCCCUCAACGUAUUCUUAAAUGCCUUUCUUUAACACACACCACUCGAAUUGCAUGGUUACUUCUGAAUCUCUGCCCACCUAAUGUACGCAGGUAGGUACAAUAUUAUAAUACAGUUAUUCUGAAGGAAUUUGUAACAGCAACAGCAAAUGCCACUGAACACAAGAUGUCAACUUGUUUAUGGGCAAGUGUGUGGUACUAGAAAUUAAGUUUUUUUUGUAGGUCUUUCUAGUCAUGGUAUAACAGAUGGCUGGUGUUGGGAAAAUGCUCCUCUUAUUUUCCGUAAACAUUAUUUGUUAAAUUAAAUAAUUGCAUUAUGCAUAAACAGAACAUAUUUUGAGGAUAAAAAAAUUACUCUCAUAUAUUCGGAUUUAGCUCAGCUAAAACAUAUCUUGAAAAUGGCAGAAAUGCUUGUACUUGGGUUGUUUGUGAUUCGAUAUUUUUAUUGAUGUUAGUUUCUCAUUGGCUCUGUGUCCUUCACAUAAACUGUGAACCAAUCGUAGAAGCAGGUCAAAGGGCUAUUUGAAUUUUACCUACAGCGUAAUGAAUCCGUGUGUUUUCCCUGUCUCUACUUAUAAAUCUCUACUGCGAGCGAUGGCAAAUAUUUUAAUAACGCAAGAGGGCAGGGGUUAAUGCUUCUUAAUCAGUGUUCAAAUAAGACGUUUACCGUUACGAGAAAAGUGUUAUUUAACGUAGGAAACGUGCCUAGCAGCUGCAACUGGCAGCACGUAGUUCGCCGCGGCGCCGCUAGAUGGCACUGGCUUCGAGCGCACGCAGACCAAACAUGGCCUUUUUUUUUUUCUCUCUUCCUCCCCUUCUCCAUCUGGGCGAUCUUUUUUCCCCUCCCGCGGGACGUGAUGCCGGGCUGGGGGAAGAGGGGGGAGGCAUGACUGUGUGUGUGUGUGUGUGUACGUGCGCGCGUUCAAGCGGCUGCGAGCGCGCCGAAGGUACGUUAUCUCGCGCGCGGUCUCCCGGCGAGCGGCGAAGUUCGCGGGUAAAACCCACGCAGGUGCGUGCUUACCGUGGGUUUCGCGUCGGGCCGAGUGCGUGCGCAUCCACGCGGCAAGGGUGUUGGGGGGACGAGCAGGGGAAUUAUCGAACGCAUCGGUUUUUCGAAAUCCGGCGGAAUUAAUUCACGUCCCUUCAAAAUAAAGCACGGAAAAGUGAACACGUGUGCGUUAAAAAAAAAAAAAAAAAAAAAAAACACGCUUCCCGCAUGAGUCUUCAAAUCGAAGAUGGGUGUCUCCGGAAAGGAGCUGUACCGGCGGCGGUACGCUGACGCCGCCUUCCAGAUACACCGCCUGCUCCAGCGACGCCCGCCCCCCGCCGCCGCCGUCGCCGCCGACGAAGACCCGCCCCCGGCUCCCGCCGCCCCCGGGCACAACUAUGAUUCGUCCUCGAAAACGUCAUCUAAAGUCAGACAGACGGCGGCGCUCACUACGCAGCCGCGCACCUCGGGCGGCGGCAAGGCGCAGUGGGGGCGGGUCGACGCCAUGGACCUGAGCUACGUGACGGAGCGCAUCAUCGCGCUGUGGGUGCCCGGUGACGUCAGCGUGGCGGCCUACCGGCAGGGUCAGCAGCAGGCUGCACACAUGCUGCACACCAAGCACAGCGACAACUACAUGGUGUUCAACCUGUCGGAGCGGCGACGCGCCGCGCGCAGCCACCACGAGAGGGUGCAGGAGCUGGGCUGGCCGCCCGACCUGGCGCCGCCCUUGGAGCGCCUCUGCAAGGUCUGCAAGGACAUCGACGAGUGGCUGAGCGGGGACGCGCACCGCAUCGCCGUCAUACACGCCAGGGGCUGCAAGGAGCGCAUCGGCGUGGUGGUCGCCGCCUACAUGCACUACUCCAGCAUCUGCGGCAGCGCCGACCAGGCCCUGGACCGGUUCGCCAUGGCGCGCUUCCUCAGCGACAAGAUCGGCGACCUGCAGCAGCCGUCUCACCGCCGGUACGUGGAGUACUUCUCGGGCCUGCUGUCCAGCAACAUCCGCAUCAACGCCGCGCCUCUCUACCUCACCCACGUGACCGUGCUGGGGGCACCCUCCUUCGAGCCGCCGGCCGACGACGGCGGCUGCAAGGCCUUCCUCAAGGUGUACGAGGGCCUGGUGCCGGUGUACACCUCCGGGGUGCACGCCGUGUCGGGCGGCACCCGCCAGUUCACGGUGAACGUGGCGGCCGAGCGGCACCGCCGCGGCCUGCAGCUGCGCGGGGACAUCCUGCUGAGGUGCUACCACCGCCGCUACCCGCGCGCCGACGCCCGCUCCCCGCUCCACCCCGCCGCUCCGGCGUCGCCGCGACCCGACGGCGGCCGGGAGCUCGUCUUCGCCUGCCAGUUCCACACGUGCGCCGUCGCCGACUACACGCUCAGCUUCACGCGCCAGGAGCUCGACCACGCCUGCAACGACCUGAGGUUCCCUCUGGACGGCGCGGUGGAGCUGCACUUCUCGCCCACCCCGGAGGUGCGGCUGCCCUGCCCCGCGCCCACUCCCGCCGUGCCAGUCACCCUGGCCGACGACCCCGUCACCCGCUGGGACAGCUACGAGAACCUGGGUCUGCUGGACUCCCCUGACUCGGAGGAGGACGCCGCCGACGAGGUGGUCCACACGUUCGGGCCCCUGGACGGCUCGCUGUACGCCACCGUCGCCAAGAAGCAGGAGCUGCAGGACCGCGAAGCCGCCAGGGACCCCGGGGGCGGCGCGGCUGUCAUCGGCAGCCCGCACACCGUCUCCAUGGACUCGGGCAUCUCGUCGGCGGGCAACAACGGCCUCUUGCUGUCGUCGUCGCAGAACCAGCCGCCGGCCGCCAAGAAUCCCGGCUCGAGCUACGAGCACCACCGCGCCGAGAAGACCCUGCUGUCCGGACUGAACGAGGCGCCCUUCUCGCCCGAGGACAGCCACCGCGCGCUAGACGCCCUGCUCAGCGACAUGCUGCAGACCGUGCAGAACAUUCCGGACCUGCCCUCCCCUCCCGGCGGCGGCGGUAGCGACCUCACGCCCCUCCACCACCGCCGCCGCCAGCCCGCCGUCGCCGCAGCCGCACCGGCCGCGCCCAGCCACAACGGCUUCGGCGACCACGCGGAGCUGAGCUUCAUCGACGACGAGAGCGACAUCCCGUACCACGCGCGCCAGGACUCGCGGCCCUUCACGUACGGCGCGCUGCCGUCGCCGCAGCGCGGGAACAUGAGCGGCCCGCUGUCCAGCCCGGGGCUGGUGCGCCGCGCCGCCGGGAGCCGCGACUUGGGCGACGACGACGUGGACGGAGGGCUGUCGCUGUCGCUGUCGCCCGAGCCGCGCGACUACCGCGCCAGCAACGGCAGCGGCAGCCUGUCGCCGCGCUCGCCCGAGUUCCACGACGGGCACGUGGUGGGCGGUGGCAGCCUCACCUGGCUGCAGCGCCAGCAGCAGAAGCUGCGGGAGCGCAAGGAGGUGCAGAUGCGGACGGAGCGCCUGCCGUCGGGCGCGCGGCUCAUCUCGGAGCUGCGCAGCGUGCAGCACCACGGGAACCACCACCACACGCAGGCCAGCCGCCGCGCCGACGGCUACGCCAGCGACACCUCGCACCUGGCCGGCGACGACGAGGACUUCACCGUGCCGCUGCACAUCAACACACAGCCCGGCCUGCACAAGCCCGUCGGCGUGGGGUCGGCGCCGGCGUCGCCGCUGCUGCCCACCAGAUCUCCGUCCAGGAGGUACUACGGCAACGUACAGCAGUCGUACCAGGCGAUGAGCAACUCUGCGGUCACCCCGCUGGGGCGCCACAAGUCGGACACCUACUUCGACCGGGAGCGGCCCUUCGUCGCCAUCAAGAGGGUGCACGAGCAGAACAGGAAGCUGCUCGACUCCCAGGACUGCCUGCGCGCGACUGGUGCCGGGGUGGGGGCGGGCCCGGGCGGCCGGACGGACGCCGCCUACGCCCCGCAGAGCCCCGGCAGCCCCGGAGCCCCGCUCACGUCCCCGCAGCCCGGCCUGCUCACCGUCGUGGAGCACGAGGAAGCGCGCCGCCGGCAGGAGGCGGUGACCCUGAGGCGAGACCCCGAGACGCGGGAGGACAGCUUCUCGUCGUGGCGGACCACGUCGACGAGCGACGAGGCGGGCAGCCCCCCCAGGUCCACGAGUCCCCGGCCGCAGACGCCGGCGUUCCCCGUCCACCCGCGCACCCCGUACGUCAACAGCAGCUCCCAGCAGUUCGACACGUCCGGCUCCGGCCUGCCGCCCAAGAGUCCGACCACACAGCGCAAGGACCGGUCCCCCUCGCCAGUGUCGGACGUGGCACAGACCAGCCUGCAGCAGAACGUCAGCCUCGUGAGCAGUGCCAGCGUCACCAGUGGUCACAAUGUGACGGGCCUGCCGACCACCCCCCACUCCUCGGCCAGCCUCUCCGACAGCCUGUCGCAGCAGAGCCCGAAGAGUCCCGUCAUCCAGAACGGCAGCACGGGCCACUCAUCCCCCACGGUCUACUACGGGCAUUCACGCCGCUCUUCGCUGCACUCCAACAGCGAACCACCGCAGGAAGUCUCUCCCGCACACGUCAAGUUUGUCCGCGACACAUCACGGUUCUGGUACAAGCCCACAAUUUCACGAGAAGAAGCCAUCGGCAUGCUGAGGGACAGGCCCCCGGGCACGUUCGUGGUGCGCGACUCAAACUCGUUCCCGGGAGCGUUCGGCCUGGCGCUGAAGGUGGCCACCCCGCCACCCGGCGUCCAGGGGAAGCUGUCGUCCUCCGGCGACCCGGCCAGCGAGCUGGUGCGCCACUUCCUCAUCGAGCCCACGUCGCGCGGCGUGCGUCUCAAGGGCUGCAGCAACGAGCCUGUCUUCAGUUCGCUGUCGGCGCUGGUGUACCAGCACUCGCUGAUGCAGAUGGCGCUGCCGUGCCGACUGCUGCUGCCGGAAGGGGGCGGCUCGGGCCUCACCCCGGACAGCCCCGGGACCAUCAGCACGGCCCAGCAGCUGCUGGCUCAGGGGGCAGCGUGCAACGUGCUGUACCUGUUCACCAUGGACACGGAGUCGCUGACGGGGCCCCAGGCCAUCAGGAAGGCGGUGCAGCAGCUGUUCCAGCUGAAGCCGUUGCCCGUCGCCACGGUGGUGCACUUCAAGGUGUCGGGGCAGGGCAUCACGCUGACCGACAGCAAGCGCAAGGUGUUCUUCAGGCGGCACUACCCGGUGGCGACCAUCUCCCACUGCGGCCUGGACCCCGAGGACCGCCGCUGGAGCCAGCGCAGCGAGGAGACCGGCCUGCCCGUCAGCUCCAACCGGUGCUUCGGCUUCGUCGCCCGCAAGCUGGCGAGCAAGACGGACAACCAGUGCCACGUCUUCGCGGAGUUGGAGCCCGAGCAGCCGGCCUCCGCGAUCGUCAACUUCGUCUCCAAGGUGAUGCUGAGCGGCGGCACCUUGAAGGCCAACAUCGUGUGAGUGCUUGCGAGACCACUCGCAGCACGGCUGCGCGAGGAGGACAUCCCGGAGCGAUGGAGACGCGCGUGGUGGCGCGGAGGGAGAGCUGUUCUCGAGCAAGUGAUACGUAUGAGCAUCGUAGUGUCUCAAUGUGCGGGCAUUUUGAGAUGGAACUUUAUUUUAUUCUCCCUCUGUAGAUCCGAAUCUGUUUGUGAAACUCAAGCAAAAUGUAAUUUAGUACCGGCGGUGAUUAUUCCGACUGCGAAUAACAAUAAUACGUAAGUACGUAUCCACACAGAAUCUGAGAGAGUUUUAAGGUACAAACAUGAAUACCGACCUAAGGAAACACCCCGAGUGCUAGUUCGUGAAAACACCAAAAAUCUCUUGCAGGUGCUCGCAACACUGCAUUUCAACUGAACAUAGGUAACCGAGUCAAUUCAGCCUGUCAGCAAAACAGAGCAAUACUUUCAGGAAAUAAAAAAAUAUAUAUAUAUUGUUUUUAAAUAGUUUUUUUUGUUGUUCUCGUAAGUACCGCAUGUACAUCACAUUAUUCAUAUCAAAUUAUAUUAACACCUGGUGUAAUAAUAACUUGCUGUAUUUAUGUAGGUAUGUAUACAUAUUCGAAACAGAAUAUUGUCAAAUGAAAACAUGAAUUGUUGAAACUGCUGUAACUAAGCAAGUGGAAAUAAAAAUUAGAAAUGUUAUGAAUCCUAGCUUUUAAAAGUUUAUCUUGCCAUUAUCAUUCAUAUCAUUAUACUGUAUGAAAACUGUAAUGACUUGUGAGUAUUGUCAAAAAAGUUAACAUGUAAUAUAGGUAAUUAAUAAAUAAUGAAUAACUAAUGCUAAUGUAAAAUUUCUGUGUAUUUUUUUUAUGUAACAUGGUUAAAUGAUUGUUAGCAAUUUUUCACAGCUACAAAAUUGUAAACUGUUAAUUGAUGUUUGCAAAUUGAAUUAAUUUGUGAAUGAGAAGAAAUCUAGUAAUGAAUAAUGUAUUUAAAUGUAUUUUCUACUAUAGGUUUGGAUUAUGCACAUUUUUUAAUUAUUAUAGUUGAUAUAAUUACAUUACUUGUUUGAAAUGGGAGGAAAAAUAAAUCAAUUUUCAUAAAAAGUGGUAAAACAAAUAAUUAUGGUGAGAAACAAUUCUUUUAACAGCGCAGUAAAACUUUGUGAAAAAUUUUACCCUGGUGUAUUAAUAAUUACUUAAUUUAAAUUUUUAAAAAAAUAUAUGUUCAUUAUAUUAUUUUUUGAAUUAAUGGCACAGACCCUCAAAUGUUAGUUUGAGACUUUACCAAUAACAAGUAGGCUACCUGUUUUGAUCCUUACAAUUUUACUCACUUGUUUAAAAUUGGUUUUGCACUUGAGAAUGACAUUUGUUUCAAAUAAGACUUCGGAGGAGUAAGGGAUAUUAAAAAAAUAUAUGUAUUAUUUGCAAACAUCAUUUAAAAAGUAUAAAAAUAUUUUUUUUUCAAUUUACUCUCUUUUUAUUAUUUUUUUCCAUUAUGAUCACACUUGAAAUAUGUAUGGAUUCUUCUUGCUGUGUUGACAAAUAAGUUUCUGAGAUAGUACAAGCUUGUAUAUUUUACGUAUUAUCAUAAUUUAUUAGUUGUGUUAUGAAGUUUUAUGUCUAGACAGAACCUUAUAUAAACAAUUGCAGUAUAAGAAAUAUAUAGUAAGAUGUGUUUAACUGUAGAUAUAAAGAAAAGCAAAUAAGCAAAUUGCAAAAUGGUGACAUUUUGCUAAGUACAUACUUUGCAUAUAUUUGCUAAGCCUUAGGUACAUAGGUAUCCUUUUUCCUCAUGUAUUUUUGCCUACUAAACUUGAUGCCUUAGAGAUGACGCAGUGGACAUUGCAAUGAGAAAGAGAACUGUGUAUUCAGUUUUUUUUUAAUUUUAUCAUUGUUGAGAGUGAGUUGAACACUUCAUUAUAAGUAGAGCCAAGAUUCUAUAGGUUUUUUUAUUUUUACAAUUUCUAAAAUUUUAUUUUUACAUUCAAUUUCGAUAUUCUACCUAUGAAAGUUAUAUUGGUACAAAUAUGUAAAAUUUCUCAAGUUGUAGCAUAUAAGUAUCACAUUUUAUUGAAGAAAAAAAAACAAGAAAUAGUGCUAAUGGAACUACAAAACCUACAUAAUUUUACUUGCAAUGGUAACAAAUUAUUUGAUUGUUUGUGUGGCUAAAAUAUCCAUCUGGUGCUGGCAUAGUUUCAAAGUUGAAUUUAAUGUUUUGUCACUGUCUGAUUAUUACAGUACCUACUAAAUGCUAUUAAUAUGAAUCUAAAGGUCAAUAUGGAAUGUUGACAGCCCAUUUUUCUAUUUAUAUAGGGCUUUAGCAACAUCAGAAUAUUAUCAGAGAUGAUGCCGGAUUUUAUUGACUUAAAUGUUUAGUUAAAUUUACUUAACUUUUUGCAGUAAAAUUUUUUUUUUACUUUCUCUAAUUUUCUAAUGAAUUCAUAAAGAAUCAUACACUAAAAAUAAAAUAAAAAUUGUAAAUUUUACACGAUUAUUAAAAUUUUUUGAAGAAAUGCUUAAACUAAGUACCCGUGAAUGAAAUUUAUAAUUUGAUUGACAAAAUUAGGUAUGAUUCAGGUUAAUUUUCAUUGCAUUUCCUUUUUUCCUUGGAUUUUGGUGUUGUGUGAUGUAGGUAUUGACUUACAUUUCAGUUUAUUUAAUUUAGGUUUUUAUUGCUUCUAACAUAUAAUCUUGCCUCUAAUUAUAAAGAAGUCAUUGUGAAAAUUAUUAUACUCACUAUACAAAUGCAUGCAACAUGCAACCUCCUCAAAGUACUGUCACGUAUCAAACAGUACUGGUACCUUCUGUGCCAUUGUUGGUGGAACACACAUCAAGUGAAUUGUGAAUUUGUCCACAGUAUAUGCAAAAAAAAAUUUGGCCAUUUUCUCAUUUAGGUUCACCAUAGCAGCCAAUACAAGGUUUGAAUCAUGUGUAAGUAGUAAGGUUUUUGAGUUAUUAUUUGUGUAACUAAGUUACUGUCUUUCAGUCAAAUAAAUGUUUAUUUUUAUUAAUA